UUUUCCUUUUAUGGAAGUCAAUGGUUAUAGGUUUCUAACACUUUAACAAUAUAUUCUUUAUUCUCCUAAACAGAAAAAAUUAUCUUCAGGUUUUUUUUACCUUAAGGGCGAAUAAAUAGGGUACAUUUUCAUUUUUUUAGAUGAACUAUCCCUUUAAUUUUCACAAUCACUUCAGAUGCUCACUGAAUCAGUUCGAUUCAUUUGAACUGUUUGUAUGAACCGAUUCCACCAAUGUUUUGAAAAGAUUCGACUCCCAAGAACAAUUCGUCCACGAAUCGGACAUCGCUAAGAAGCAUUUAAACGAAACCCACGGCGAGAAAGGACUUACGACAAAUCUCCGACGUCUUAUCGCUUAGUUAAAAUGAUUCCAGUUGCUUUAAUACAGUUAAGAGGGGAGUGAUUUGUUUGCAGAGAUCUUUCUGGAUAUAAUUAGAAAGGAAACGCAUGCUAGCUAGCGAAGUGACACAGGAAGUAGUUGAUCUAAAAUGGGAGACGAUCGACCUUUUGUCUGCACUGCCCCAGGUUGUGGACAGAGGUUCACCAAUGAGGACCAUCUGGCAGUGCAUAAACAUAAGCAUGAGAUGACACUGAAGUUUGGACAAGCCAGAACAGACACCGUUAUCAUUGCAGAUCAAACACCCACUCCCACCCGAUUUCUUAAAAAUUGUGAGGAGGUGGGUUUGUUUAGUGAGCUGGCUGGUUCCUUUGAGCAAGAUCUUCGAAAAACACAUGAGGAGGAGGAGAGGAGAAUUAAGGGCACGCAUCCAGCUCUACAGACACCUACUGAGGUUAAAGAGAGGGAGGGGCCUCUUGAAAUUGACUCCUCCCCUCCAGACAGCCCUGACUCCGCCUCCAGCAUGACAAACAGCAAAGAUACAGUUGCCAUGGCAAAAGAGGCUAUUGCCUUGAGGAAAGCUAAGGAUGUUCCUCCACGAACUGCAGCAAGUUCCACCCCUACACCAACCAUAGUGCGUCCAGGCUCGCUCCCACUUCACCAGGGAUUUGACUCCAUGAACCCAACUCAGCCUUCUCCCACCUCUGUUAUUACCAGAACCCCUCCAUCAAACAGACUUAGCUCGCCGUCUGGUUCUUUUCCUAUGCUGAUGCAGCUUCCAAAUGGUCAGACGGUUCCUCUGCUGCCCAGUCCGGGGCAGACGUCAGUCAUAUCGCUUGCCAGAUCAUCAAACACAGUGCCCAAUAUCCCAGGGAUUCCAGGCCCUCCUAUUGGCGGAAGCAGCAGCGGCUCCUCCUCUCCGUCUGGAUACAGUACACACUCUGAUGCCAAGACGAGGCUAAAAGCAGCACUAUCUCAGCCGAGUCCUAGUGGACCAGCACCAAUUCAAAAAACUGAUCACACUGAGACACCAUCACCUGCUCAACCACAGGUAUCUCCCGCUCCUCCAAAAGGUGGACGCAGACGCCGCGGGGCUGAUAUUGAGCCGGAUGAACGCCGGCGUCGCUUUCUUGAACGAAACAGAGCUGCUGCUUCUCGUUGCCGGCAGAAGCGGAAAGUGUGGGUCAGUGCUCUGGAGAAGCGUGCGGAGGAGCUGGCUAAUGCUAACGUCUCACUUACUGGUGAAGUUUCGCUGUUGAGGACUGAGGUGACACGUCUGAAGGAGCUGCUGUUGGCCCAUAAGGACUGUCCUGUUACAGCCAUGCAGAAAAAAGCAUAUCUUGCUGCAGGAGUGGAUGAGAGUUCAGUGUCUGCAUUGGUGAUGCCCGUGACCGUGCCGGCUCCAGUGUCCGUGAACGGUCUGAGUGUACGCGCAGCUGAGGCUGUAGCUGUUUUAGCAGGAAUGGGUUCAGGCCAGUGGAGUAACUCCGCCGGAGACGCUUCCUCCCAAUCACAGCCCACAUCCAGAUGAUGAGCACGUCCUACAGCCAAUACGAACGAUAUAUACUUUGAGUCUUUCAAAGAAGCGAACCCCCUCCCUCCCACCUCAGAACUAUCAGUCCAGAUGUGUUUGUAAAAGCCUCUCAUGUGACAAAUGGGAACCAAUGUGACCACGCUCUGACCACACCCUGUUCGCCCGCGGCCAAUCACAAACUCUCCCCGGCGGCGACAUCAUCAUCAUAGGACGCCCCUGUCAGACUGCACAGACUAGGAAGCACUGCAGUGGAAAUGAAGUCAUCUCUAUACAAAACACACACACACUUGUAUAGUACACUCUUCUCACUAAUGCAUUCUGUUGAUAUUCGUCUCGUUUGCCGAUAUUAUUUAGCAUUUUAUUCAAUGGUUUUUUCUAAUAUCGUUGCAUGACUCUGGCCACAUUAGACAGAUGAUUACUACACUAUGCAGAUAAGUUUAACACCUUCCUUCUCAGUCUCUCUUCUAGUGACGCACAUUUGCCCCAUUUCUCCCAGUUCCCCUUUAUCUCUCUCUCUCUCUUCCUGUCUGUCUUAAUUUUAUUGUCGUUUCUAAAGUAAUUCUCUCAGGUCCGUGCUUCUGUGGCUGUUUUGGUGAAGAUCGGUUCUCACAUUAUAGCUCAACCCGCAGAAUGGACUUCGCAAAACGCUUAAGGAUGGAGAGAAAAUAUAUUUUUAUAUUUGAGUAUCGUUAUCGGUUUGUCUGCAUUUUGCAAUAUAUAUAUGGAUGUAACGGGUAGCGUAACCACGUGGACAUGUUUUAGAUCAGUAUGAUUAUGAUAUGCUCUGCUAAACUGUAGGUAUCUUUAACCAAAAUACAUAAAUCCUUUGCAUUAGAGGUUAGACCCCAAAGCUGAAGUCUCAUAACUGGGAACACACACAAACUCACGCAUUCAAUGACUCUCGCGCUUGCAUUUUGUGAAUGUACAGUAGUUGACUAACCCGGCUAUGAAUGUGAAGUCUUGUUGCAAAAUGGUUGAAAUGCUUUUGAGCAACAUCGGGUCUUAGAAAAGGUGUUCUAGAAAUUCACCAUUUCUUUUUUUGUGGAGGGUGGGCGUGGGCUUAACAGACUCGCAGCAGGCCAUGCUGAAUGAAUUUCAUUUGGUGCACAUAACUAACGUAUAACUUAAGUUGAAUUCCAUUAAAGCAUUCACGCUUGAUCACUUUUUAAAUAGAACGAUUCGCUUUACUUAAAGCUUGGCUUUUAUAUUGAAACCUUAGCAUUUUUUAACAAUAAAACUUUGGAGAUUUAGAAUUAUUGGAAGCUCAUUUCUAUUACUCACGGUAAAAAUAUCAAUCUUUGGUGAAUCAUUAUUAUGCCAAAAGUUAUGAGAUGCAAAGUCAUGCAUAUUAGGUUAAAAAUAAGCCUCAUAUUUCACUUUUAAUUUCAUAAUUGCACCUUUUUAAAAAUCAGUUUACCAUUUUUUUAUAUGGACUAAUGGGCUCAAUAGGAUUGUUUGAUGAAUGCAUCAUUUUUCCCCCCACUCAUCUGUUUUGAUUUGACGCCGUGUAUGCUUUAGGUAUUAUUUGAAUAACCCGACCUUCCAUAUCAGUGUCUGUCAUUGACCUUCCUUGCAUCUGGAUUUAUCAUGUUUGGAUGUAGAACGUACUGCUUUCCACGGUGUGUAUAACUCACUGAUCCCAAACUGUGUAACGUGUCAGUGAAGCCCUUAAACUAUAGCUGUAAAUAUGAAAUGAGUGUCAGCGUACAAACAUUGCUUACUGUAUGAUAUUGACUAACUGAAACGGUCCUUAAGAUAUGUUAUAAUUAAACAUUGAUGGAACUCUA